UGGAAAUCGUGAAACAUAUAUAUAAGACCCCCGAAAAAAUUAAGCUCUUAAGAGAUGGGCUCCACGAGAACCAUUGAAGAUUAUGUUGAGGAGAUUGUUGGCUACAUAACGGAGGUUGACUUUGACAAUAUGUCAUCCGUGUGUGACACAUUGGAGAAGAUGAAGUUCAGCUCUAAGUCUAAAUACAAACUUAACUAUUGGAGGGUGAUGCAGUGCCUUGGAGAGACUGCAAGUGAUCGUCUUGUCAGUUUUCUUAUAAGAAUGGAGAAGAACUCUUGCAAAUGUCACCUAAAUACAAACUUCAAAUGCUUUAUGAGGCUGUUUGUCGAAGCCAUGUGCAAUGUAAAGGUGAUCAAGCGUAUGCUGGAAUGCCAAGCAAAGAUGGUGCCCUUGUUUUUUAAAGGAGUAAGGCAGACAGACGAACAGAUGUUAAAUGUGAUUGCUCUGGAAUCUAUAUUGAAAUGUGUUAUUGUUGGUAAAACAGAAACUGUUGAGCUUUUUGUGAAGUAUGGGCUGGUAAAAGACCUAUAUCUGCAGAUUAAACUUCAAAAUGAUGUGAGCAAUUUUUCUUAUGGUUCCAUCAAUACUGUCCUGUAUUGUUCACAGUUAAUGUAUGCAGCCUCUGUGUGUGGAUCAGAGCGUAUUCGCAAGCAAGUCCGUAGAUCCAACUCAGCAAGAGUGCUUGCUGAAUACAUCGUUAAACUAGAGAAAAAUAAAGUGAACAAAUUAGGUGUGGAACAGCUGUGUAAGAAUUUCACUGAAAUAAGGAAUGUUUUAGGCGAUGAAAAAGAGGCAGAGGAAGCUUUUAAAAACUGGAGACCCAAGGAGAGACUUCAGAUAGAACAAGAGCAGGAUCAGAUGUACACGUUCUGCUCAUCACCAUCUUGCAGGAAGAUACAUGCAGACUGCGACAAGUUUCGGUACUGUGGUGCAUGUCGUCUAGCACGGUACUGCAGUGAGGGCUGUCAGAAGGAACAUUGGAAGAGAGGACACAAAGAUGCUUGCCAACAAGAAGCACUGUGUUUAUGAUGACAGAAGCUUCUUCUUUUUUGCAGAAAGCUCUUGGUUAAGCUCAUUGUGAUUUAUACUGAAAAGUAUUAACUACCAUUCAAGCCAUUAGCUCCACAUCACAGUGUUAGUGCUCCGUAUUAAGUAUGAGUUUUUAUGUUUUAAAAUCAUUUAUCUGAACAAGAUGAUCUUUAAGACUUUAAAAAUGCAAGGACUGUUUACAGAGAGAAAGAAACCAUACAUUCAAAUGCUUGAAAUAUUGAUCCAAAAUACCACCAAUGAUCAAGUACCAGAGUUUUUUUUUUGUUUUUAAACCAUAAACUUAUUAACUUUUUAAUCACUGCUAUGAUUUACAUUUUGUUACACCUUUCACGUCAUUGUAAUAGGAGAUGACAUAUACAAAUAUAAUCUAAUGGAAUAUUAUUCCCAUUUUAUAUAAGAAAAUAUAAUGAAAAGGGUUUUCUAGAUGAAGAAUAUUUUUUAUUGAUUUCAGCAUAAAUUAUUUACUAGUAUAUAAUCUUUUAAUGUAAAGAGUAAGAAUGAACCAUAUCAGAAAGAAUUUUCAUUGUCUAAGUUUAUGUAUAAGUUGUCAUAUGUAUAUUAGAACAAUAUCAAUAAAGCAGAAUUUUUAAUGUGCAGUAAGUUGCAUGCAGAUAAAUUAUUAAAACAUUUUGAUGUACACACUUAUUGCACAGUUAGUUUAGUAAUAAUAUGGUAAAAAAAAGUAAUAUCACUAUACUACAAUCAUGAUUGAAAUUAUACAAAACUUGCUCUUCGUGUUCGUAUAUAAUUUUCUGUAAUUUGGUUGGAGUAUGCAGUAGCCAGUAACUAUUAUUGCAUCAUCAUCGGCACCCUUUGUAUUAUAACCUUUAUAAUAUUAUAUAGGUUAUAAUACACUGGGUGCCGAGGAUGUUAUUGCAUAUAAUGAACUAAGAUUACCAUAGGUAAUGUACAUGAAGGUUACUGAACUUGAUUGGUACUUAAUUCAGUUAAGAUUUUUUUCUUUUUGUGAAAAUAAAGAUUUGAAUACCAUCAUACAUGUAAUUCCAUAUGUAAUGUGGGUAUCUGUGGUUAGUUUAAACAAAUUCUAUUUCACAUACAAAUGAUACAUAUAUAUCAAAGACCAGAUUGCAACAAUUUUGAUGUUUUUCUAUUAUAUAUUGAAACAGGUUAAAAUGAGAAAAGAGCUUAUAAUGUUUUUCUCUGAUUUUUUUGUAAUCUUAUUAUUUAGUUUAAAUAUCUGUGAUUUAUUAUAUAUAUAGACUAAGGAUUCUGUAUUUAAAGAUUCUGUGUUUUUUAGAAAGUCUCUGUACUGUUGAAAAGGUAUCCUACAUCAUACAUGUAUUGCUUUGAAAAAGACAUUUUUGAAUAAGAAACAGUGUAGACAAUUUCAAUGUCACAGCCUUUGCUGUCUUAUUGUGAAUAACUCAUGAAUUAUGAAGUUUGAAAGGGGCACAAUGUAGGUUUAAACUUGAUAGAUGCAAAAAAAAAUAUCUUGAAUUUUAAUGCAUUAUUAUGUUGAACUUAUUUGACUGAAAUGAUCGUAACGAAAACAUUGCAUGAUUUGUCUACAGCUAGAAUAAUAUAAGCCUUUAUAAAUGGGAUUUCCUAUUAAUGGCUACUGUACAACACUACAAAUUCUCCAGUUAAAAAUGCCAAAAUAACACAAUGUUUUUUUUAUCUGGCUUUUGUUUGGCUGCAAGUCAAAUGAGUUAAACAUAAUAUGGUUAGACUUAAAGCUGCACUCUCACAAAUUGAACGUUUUGACAACUUUUUUUUAUUUUUUUGUCUUGGAUUACGAGCCAUUGUUUGCGAAAAUCCAUGGAAACCAGUUACAUAAGACUGAUGAAAAAAAUUAGAUCGAAGAUUUUGAUAUUCAAGUUAAAAAAUUGAUGUUUUAUGCAUUUUUCUUAAACCGUUAGUAAUGGUUUGAGCCAUAAAACAUUAAUUUUCGGACAGAAAUAUGAAAAAACUAUGAUCUGAUUUUUCGUCAGCAAUCUUAAAUCAUUGGUUUGCAGAUAUUAACACAAAAAUAUUGCUCUUUCCAAGACAAAAAAUAAAAAAAGUUGUAAAAAUGGUAUAUAUAUCUGUGAGAGUGCAGCUUUAAAGUGCAGUAAAAUUUAAAACAUAAAUUGCAACAAUCUAGUGAUACGAUAUUGUGCCUAUUUAUUAUAUAUAUGUACAUAAUUGCUGUUAUGUUUUUGGUGAAAACAUUGCUCAAAAGUAUUGAGGGGUUGUGUUUAUGACACAAAUCUUAUUAUAUCAUGUUUAAAUUGUUUUACAUUUAAUGAUUAGUAACCUGUACAUGUAUAAAGUAAGACACUGUGUUCACCUGAGGCCACAAUUUCUCAAAAUUUCUAAGUGCAAUUAAAGCUUAAGUUUCUUAUUUCAUUUAGCUAAAUAACUUACUAAACCUUACAUAUUGAAGUAAAUAAUAGCUACCGUAACCCGUAAUGGUGAUUAUUGUAAAGAUAAAUCCUGUUUUCAGUCUCAAAAAACCUUAAAACAUGAGAAAAUGACACAAAUUAUACAAAAAUAAUGUGCUGAGCUUGUCCUGAUGUACAAAUGUUUCGAGAAAUUGGGACCUAGCCUGACUUUCUUGAAACAUUCUGGAGCAGGAUCAAGGUGUAUAUAAGCUUCUAUUUUUGUUUUGGUAAUACAUGUAAUUCAAUUCUUUUAAACAGUUUUGAGACUUUAAAGGAAAUUAUUUUAAAGAUAAUCGUGAUAAAAUACAUGUAGGCGUUUGUAAAUAAAGCCAGGUGUAAUCCAAUAAUUUGACUUCAUAAAAUACAUUUUGUACUGGCUUGGGUUCCUCAAAAGGGCAUUAUCUUAGUUUUUAAAUGCAACUUCAUGUGUGUACCCAUUAAAAUAUGAUACCUUCAUGUUAAAAUUUUAAAAGAUAUUUCAACAACUUUGGGCCUGUUUUUUCCAGCUUGUACAUUUUGUACUGGCUUGGGUUCCUCAAAAGGGCAUUAUCUUAGUUUUUAAAUGCAACUUCAUGUGUGUACCCAUUACAUUUUGUUCGUGUUGGAAAUCUUUAAAAUUAUAACUUUUACUGGCAUUUAAACAUUGUAACAGUGAAGAAAUAAUGAUCUGCUUCAAUAUCAACUUCAUGGUUUUAGAACAUAGUUACAUGUUUCAAACUUUUUAAUUUAAGGUAUCAUACCUGACACUGUUCAAUUCAAUUUCCAAUGGUUUGAUUCUAGUCAUAAAUGUAUUACAUUUUGUAGUUUCACCAUUAUCUGAGCUUAAUCAUUAAAUUGAUUAUACAUGAUUGUAUAAGACUUUCAUUUGAAUAAGAUUUUUGAAUUUGAUUUUCACCCAAGUGUUUAUACUUAAGUACUUGUAAUGUACUUUUUUCAACAAGCUCUGUGCCAGUAUUUAUAAAACAUCUUAAGACAUUUCUUAACUGUCCCUGUAGAUUUCAUUGUUUUAUUAAGUAGAUUUCCUACACAAAUCUUAGGUCAUAUUUAAAAAAAAGAAUGAGUUGUGAGUGCUGGUGUCAUGCAAUAUCUUUUCACCUUUGCUUAAAUUUGGGGCUGCAAUUUGGCCCCAUUCCUAAUGCAAAACAUAUAUGCUUUUUUCCCAGAUUUUUUUGCAGUUUUUUCAUUCAUUAGUAAAGUUGUUGUGUUUGAUGUGCUCCAUUUAUGUUGUAUAUAUAUUCCCUUUUACCUCAGCGAUGUUUGCCAUAUCAGAAUAGCAUAUCAUUUGUUAGAUGUUGUUGUUUUAAGUUAUGCUUCAAUUAUCCACUCCAUGCCCAUUUUAUACACUUGUCUGUUUUAGCUUUACUAAGUUGAGCUACUGUCCUAGCGAUUUGGUGUCUUCUGCAUUGUCAUUUUUCAGACAUGUCAACCUUGGCCAUAACUCAUAAAUCUUUCAAGGUUUUCAAAUGAAACUUGGUGAAGAUGUUGCCAGAGAUAACAUGUAUAGGCACUUGUGUAGCAAGGUCAAUAAUUAUAGCUUAAAUACUUAUAGAGUUAUGCCCCUGAAGGUGGGCAUAUUAAAAUCGCACCGUCCGUCCGUCCGUCCGUCCGUCCAGCUCUGUAACUUUCCCUUGUAUGGACAAAUUUUAAAAUAACUUGCCACAUGUGUUCCACAUACCAAGACGACGUGUGGCGUGCAAGACUCGUGUCCCUACCUCAAAGGUCAAGGUCACACUUAGUGUUUAUUCACAAUGGAGUGCUGCAUAUAAGGACAUAGAUUAUAGGUUGUCGUGUCCGGGCUGUAACUUUCUCUUGUAUGGACAGAUUUUAAAAUAACUUGCCACAUGUGUACCACAUACCAAGACGACGUGUCGCGGGCAAGACCCGUGUCCCUACCUCAAAGGUCAAGGUCACACUUAGUGUUUAUUCACCAUAGAGUGCUGCAUAUAAGCAUAGAGUAUAGGUUGUCGUGUCCGGGCUGUAACUUUCCCUUGUAUGGACAGAUUUUAAAAUAACU